CGCUUCCGGGUUACGCGACGCCUCAGCUGGGGCUGCCCAGCAGCAUGUCGGUUUUCCGCUCAGGCCUGCUGGUUCUGACAUCACCACUGUCAGCCCUUUCCCUGCGCCUGGUGCCCAUUCUCGCCUCAGCUGCCCGGCUGGUACAAGACACCCUCUAUAUCCAUCUUCAGCCAGGACUCAGCCUGACAGGCUCCACGCAGCCCCGUUCCACCUAUGUCCCUGCUACGUCUGAAGUGUACACCCUUAUCAGCAAGCUGUAUGCUGAUGCUGGCAUCCAUCACCACCUUGAUGUCCGGGUGCUGCUCACCAACAUCCUCAACCAGGGAGCUGCUCCUCCAGCACUUGGAUCUGUGCAAAACCUCUCCCAGCCACCUGAGGUGGUGCUCACUGACUUUGAAACUGGAGAUGGAGGGCAGUCCAACCCAGUCAAGCAGCGUCUGGAGCGCUAUGCGACCAGCUGCUAUAGCUGUCGCCCCAAUCUCAUCUCUGUUUUGUUGUACCCUGAGUAUGAGCUAGAUGUCAGUGAUGGGGAGCUAUCUCCACAGCAUGAGAUCAACAUGACUGAGGAGCCGUUGCAGAGCUACAGUGAUGUCGUCGUGGGCGGCACUUUUGAUAGACUUCACAACGGUCACAAGAUCCUUCUGAGCGUGAGCUGUAUGCUGGCAGAAAAUCGGCUUCUAGUGGGCGUCUCUGACAAAGAUCUUCUGGAAAAUAAGGUGCUGAAGGAGCUGAUCCUGCCCUUUGAGCAACGUGUGACUCAACUCAGCGAGUUCCUGGUGGACAUCAAGCCCUCCUUGCGCUACGAAAUCGUCCCCUUGUUUGACCACUUUGGCCCAUCUAUCACUGACUCCGACCUGAAGUGCAUUGUAGUCAGUGAGGAGACCCUCAAGGGCGGUCUGGCUGUCAACAAGAGGAGGAUGGAAAACAGUCUGUCUGAGCUGGCUGUCCACAAAAUCAAGCUGGCCGUCGACCCCCAGCAUGACAGGAACGAGGAAGAGAAGAUCAGCUCCUCUAGCCAGCGGUACAGGCUGCUUGGGACUCUGCUGCGUUCCCCACGGAAAGAUCCAUCUCUUCCUCCCUACCCCUACAUUAUUGGGCUGACUGGGGGAUCUGGUAGUGGCAAGACCUCUGUGGCGCAACAUUUGGUUCAUCUUGGUGCCUUCCAUUUGGAUAUGGACAGUCUAGGACACAACAUCUAUGUACCAGGAGGUCCUGUGUAUGAACAAGUGGUAGAAACAUUUGGAGCAGAAAUUUUGAAAGAAGAUGGAACCAUCAACAGACGGUCCUUGGGGGCCAAAGUAUUUGCAGACCAGGAGCAGUUGAAACGUCUCAACAACAUCAUGUGGCCAGUGAUGGCUCGACUAGCAAAAGAAAAGAUAGACCAGGCGGCAGCACAGGGAAAGGCCGUGUGUGUGUUGGAUGCAGCCAUGUUGUUGGAGGCAGGCUGGUCAGACAUGGUGCACGAGGUCUGGACAACCAUCAUCCCCAAGGAUGAGGCCAUAAGACGUAUCAUAGCCAGAGACGGCCUAAGUGAAGAAGCUGCCCGGUUGCGUCUACAAAACCAAAUGUCCAACAGCCAGUCCGUGAAGCAGUCGCACGUGGUUCUUUGCACCAUGUGGGAGCCAGAGGUUACAUGUGAACUGGUAGAAAAAGCUUGGGCCCAGCUCCAGAAACGCCUCAAAGAUGAGUAGAGACUUGAACUGAAAUGGGAUCACUUCUUUACUCUGCUCCCUUGGUGCUGCCAGUCCGGAGAAGUGUGCACCGGAUGGGCCCCACCCUGUCGAUGGGCCACAGAUGAGGGUGAUAUGGGAAAGGAAGUCCAAACUGCUUGGUGGUGUUGGGGAGAGGAAUGAGCUGGAUUCACUCAACUUUUUCCUGUUGCAAAAGGCUGAGGGAGAACCAGGAACAAGGUGAGAAGCAGGGGGACCCUGCUGCACAGGAAGAAGCAGCUCUUCAUACCUGAAGCCAAUGAUGGUUGCAUGAUUCCGAUGGAGGCCGCUGUUUCAGCAACGCGACUUACGAACACAGACACAAGAUUAGAAGGGUGGGGAGUGGCUGCUCUACUUUAGUCCCACUACUCUGUACUGUAUGGCCUGUGCAUAAAUUACACAUAAAGACAAAAUCUCUUGA